AUGGGCAUGGCGCCGCUUGCCGCUGGCCCGACUCUACAUCGGCCUUGGCGGCUGCGCAGACAACAACGACAACUGCAGCAACAGCAACAGCAACAGCAACAGCGCUCGCGUGGAACGUAUCGCACCCUGGAUGCCUAUGAACCUCCCGCAUGGGCUCGUACUCUACCGCACUGCCCGGAAACUCGACUUAACCUUUUAUUGGCCGAGACGCCCUUGCAUGCGUGGGCCCCCUUUGAGCAGCCCCACGGUGGCCGGCUCCUGAUCAAGCGCGAUGACCUGACUCAUGGGACGGGGGCGGGCAAUAAGCUGCGCAAACUCGAAUUCAUCCUGGCUGAUGCCCUGCAGCGUGGCUGCAGCGUGGUGACCACCUGCGGUGGCGUACAAAGCAACCACGCGCGAGCCACCGCCGUCCUCGCACGGGAGGUGGGCCUACACCCCCACCUCGUCUUGCGCGCUGGCUCCGAGGGGGAAGCCCCACCCCCGCAUCAUAGUCAAGGCAACUACCUACUCGAUGCCGCCCUGGAAGCCACCAUUUCCCUCGUUCCGCGCGGGGCGCCCUAUGCCACCGUGCUGCGACCCGUCAUGGCUGCCGACGAGGCCGCCUUUGAGCGCCAGGGUCGUCGCACCUACCACAUCCCCGUGGGUGGCUCCAAUCGCGUGGGCUUGUGGGGCUAUCUCGACGCCUGGGACCACCUUGAUGCUCAGUGUGGAGCGGCUGACAUAACCCACAUCGUCUUGUCCACGGGUUCGGGGGGCACUGCGGCAGGCCUCGCUCUGGCCAACUGGCUCACGGGCCGGCGCUACCGCAUCUGGGCCGUUGCCGUGUGUGAUAAUGCCGACUACUUUUACAACCACGUUCAGGAAACCCUCGAUGAGUUUGGUGUGACCGCGCAAGCCCGAGACCUUUUGACCAUUGUGGAGGGCUAUAAAGGAGAGGGGUAUGGACAGUUCUCCGACGAGCACCUGGCCAUGAUUCGGGCCGUCGGUGCCCGCACCGGCGUCAUCCUCGACCCCACCUAUACUUGCAAGGGUGUCCUGGGCCUGCAAGCCCUCGUCAAUGCCCACCCUGAUUUUGCCAACGUCAACACCUGCUUCAUCCAUACGGGUGGUGUCUAUGGUUUGCUCGAUGGCCGCGUGCACAUUGACAGCCUGUACCAAGCCCGGCGGCCGACGAGCGAAGCGUUUUGA